GGACUCAUCGCUCAGAGCAGACCAAUGAACGCGGCUGGGAGUUGGGUCUGUUUGAUUCGUUGGGCUUUUUAUAAAGGAGCCGCCUCGCUGUUAUGAAAUUGGAAGUCCGGAUAAAGGGGACGGCUCUUUGUUUUGAGCUGGAAAUAACGGGAAAUAAUUUUUUUCUUUAUAUUGUUUUCCAAACUUUAUACAAACCUUUCUCACCCAGGUGCUAUGUUUUUGAGUAGCUGUUGAUUUACAAGUUUCUGGGAGAAUCGGGUUAAUUAAGGAGCUUGGUGUAAUUCUGUAUGAACUUUUGCGGAGUUGCUGGAAGAAGAUGCUACUGUUGCUGUGUGCAGUGCUGGGGAGCUGUUUCCUUCUGGGGGACGGUAGGAUCACCAGGCGCUCCCCGAGCUGUCCCCAGUUCUGUGAUGUCUCUAGCUGCCCGGUGCUGCCCUCUGACUGCUGGUCGGGGCUGGUGCUGGACGCUUGCGGCUGCUGCCGGCUGUGCGGCGCCGCCGAGGGCGAGUCGUGCAACGGCCGUGGGGACGAGGUCAGAUGCGGGGAAGGGCUGCGCUGCUCGGUGCCGCCGGCGGUCAACCCGGCCAAGCGGUGGAUCAAAGGCGUGUGUGUCUGUGACAACAGCGAGCCGGUGUGUGGCAGCGAUGGCAGCACCUACCGCAACGUGUGUGAGCUGAAGGCGGUGAGCCGGCGGGCACAGGCACUCAACCAGCCGCCCGUCAUCUUCAUCCAGAGAGGAGCCUGCGGACUGGGUCAGAAUGAUCCAAACAGUCUUCGACAUAAAUAUAAUUUUAUCGCUGACGUGGUGGACAAGAUUGCUCCUGCCGUGGUUCAUAUUGAACUUUUCCGCAGGGCAACUUAUUCUAACCGUGAACUGUCUGUUGCGAGUGGCUCAGGCUUCAUCGUCUCUGAAGAUGGAUUGAUAGUGACUAAUGCACAUGUGGUUACUAACAAGCAUAGAGUGAAAGUGGAGCUAAAGAAUGGAGCCACAUACAACGCCAAAAUAAAGGAUAUAGAUGAAAAAGCAGAUCUUGCUUUAAUUAAAAUAGACCCUCUGGGUAAAUUGCCAGUGCUGCUGCUAGGCCGCUCCACAGACUUAAGACCUGGCGAGUUUGUGGUGGCCAUUGGAAGCCCUUUUUCCCUACAAAAUACAGUGACCACUGGAAUAGUGAGCACAACUCAGCGAGGAGGAAAGGAGCUGGGCCUUCGAAACUCCGAUAUCGAUUACAUUCAGACGGAUGCAAUCAUCAAUUAUGGAAACUCAGGGGGGCCGUUGGUCAAUUUGGAUGGUGAAGUUGUUGGAGUUAACACCUUAAAGGUGACUGCUGGAAUAUCAUUUGCAAUUCCAUCAGACAAAAUUCGACAGUUUUUAGUUGAAUCUUAUGACCGACAAGUGAAAGGGCAGGCUCCAAUAAAAAAGAGGUAUCUAGGAGUGAGGAUGGUGACACUUACCCCUAGCUUUGCAAAGGAACUGAAAGAGCGCCAGAAGGAUUUUCCUGAUGUUAAUGCUGGAGCCUACAUCAUCGAGGUCCUUCCGCGAACACCAGCUUCCAGGGGUGGCCUGAAGGACCAUGAUGUGAUUAUUAAUAUCAAUAAACAAUUGGUGACUUCAUCCAGUGACGUCAGUGAAGCCAUUAAAAAGGAUCCAAACCUGUCAAUAGUGGUUCGCCGAAGCAAUGAGGAUGUGAUAAUAAAUGUUGUGACUGAAGAAAUUGAACCUUAAAGGGAGCUGGAUCUCCUUGCCAAUAUGACUGAUGUAACAAAGAAUCUGGAUCUACGUAAUAGCUUACCAACCUGUUGAUACUUUAUUGCACAACACCAGGAGAUAUCUGCAGCUUGGAUAUAUUCCUGCCUGGGGUUACAAGCUGAGAUGAUCCUGAAGCUAUUGAAAUUAAAACCUGUUUCCUCCUUGCAUUUCCUUGAUUUAUCCUUUUUUUCCAGCCUCAUUGUAUUGUAAUCUACUUUUUAUUGAGAAGUCAAUGCGAACAAUUCGCUUGCAAGAAUUUUUUUUUGGAAUGUUGGGGAUUUAUACACUAUUGCUAUAGGUAUCAAACCUCUUAAAAUAUAGAUGUGUGCAACUGUGUGGGGGAAUCUGGCAGGUUUCAAAUGUUGACACAGUCUUUUUCCUGCCUUUUGGGAUAUUCGAAUGCAAUAACCUGGCUGCCCACAAUAUCGAAAAUCUGUGAAAUAAUUUUGGGCAUGUUUGUCAAAAUUUGAUCUUCAUUUCCCCCUCCCUUUUGCUCCCCACCCAUCCCCACCAGUUUGUGCUUGUGUUUGCUCCAAAUCAGAAGUUUCAUAAGGUUCAGAUAAUAAGGAGCCAAAUUACUUCAGAGAGCCAUUGAAGCCACUUUUAGCCAUUCUCACUAUAGGGAUUUGAAGAUGAAUUGCCUCUGAUUUUCAUUUCCAUUGUAAAUUAACACUUUUCCUGUUCCCACAUGGUAAUUUUGGGUGUACAUCAGACUUCUCCCAAUAUUGCUGUCUAUAGAUUAUAUUCAAAGAUUGGGAAGGCUAGGAGAUGGGGCUUGCAAAAAUCCUGGUUUGUUCACUCAUUGAUUUUUAAGUGCAGAAUCAUCCAGUCAUGGAGGUUGGAAGUCAACUUAAUUAGGCAGGAUUGUCGCUUCACAGAAUCCAUCCCACCUCUGUCUGAAUUAUGUUCUGGGAAGAAAUGCCCAAAUUCAGCCUUUCAUUGGAUCUGUUCCCACAUGGGCUACAGUAAUCUCAACUCCAGUUGGACGAAUAAGAGUCAGACCACAUGACUGGUAAACCUUACAGGUAGACCAAGGAGUCGGCUCCCUCAAUCUGUGCUAAUUUGUGAACAGUUGAAUGACUGGAUACAGGGCAGGGCCACAAAGAGCUACCUGCCCCUGGACCGCUUCCCAUAUCUCCCCAACCUCGGAACACCUUCCAACCCCAAAAGGAAGACAGCCAAGACCUUGGCCCUUGUGAUGUUCAAUGUCAUCCAGGCAGCAGCCACACACUUUGACGCUGCCGAGUGCAGGAGCUGACCGUUCUUGCUGGGCAGGAUUUCAGCUGUGGGAGAAUUAAUUUUCAAAGGAAGGCCCACUGCUGUCCUCCAAACUGCCUGAUUGGAGGAAGAUAUAGCAGGCGUUGCUGUGGGGGAGUUGACAGGCUAGGGGUGUUAUUGCUGGGCUGUUAUUCCAGAGACCCAGGUAAUAUUCUGGGAACCCCUGUGCAGUGGCACACGGUGGAAUUCAAUUCAAUAAAACAAAAAAAAACUGGAUAAUAAAAUGUGAGGCUGGAUGAACGCCUAGGCCCGAAACGUCAGCUUUUGUGCUCCUGAGAUGCUGCUUGGCCUGCUGUGUUCAUCCAGCCUCACAUUUUAUUAUCUUGGAUUCUCCAGCAUCUGCAGUUCCCAUUAUCUCUGAUCCAAAAAAAAACUGGAAUUUGGUUUCGUGGCCAUUGUUAGAUACCUAUGUCAAUUGCCAGAAACACCCAUCUAGUUCACUAAUGUACUAUGUGGGAAGGAAAUGGCAAUCCUUACCUGGUCUGGUCUAUAUAUGACUCCAGACCCACAGCAAUGUGGUUGACUCUUAGCUUAGGGAUAAGCAAUGAAUGCUGGCCUAGCUGGUUUGCCCCUUAUCCCAUGAAUGAAUAAAAAGCAAUGUCAGGUGAGAUUUCAGACCACCUUUUCACAAAGCAAAUGAGACACUGAAACUGGAAAAUCCCAGCCUAUGUUGUACUUCUGCUGGAAUAGCAUCAGAGUCUGCUGCCACAUGUCUAGGCUGCUAGUUAAUGAACUUUUUAGUUGAAUUUUAAUGCACAAAUUGGCAAGAGAACUAAGAACUAAGGCCAAAGCCAGGAGUGACCAAGAAUGACUAGCUACUAAUUACUUUAAAAGAGAGCACUUUACUACCAGAGUGCAUUUUUUCUCUGCCUUGCUCCCAAAUUGCAUCUGAAAAUUGCAUGUAACACUGGAAGAAUAGGUACUAAUCUUUGCCCACGUUUUAUCUAGAACAGCGCUGAAACUGAUCAUCUUUGCUGGUACUACAGUUGACUGAAUAUGACUAUAUCUGAAAAGUGUACAGAAAUGUGAUUUGCAUUUAAGUGAAUGUCAACAGGUUCCACACAAAGGUUCUCAAAUUGUACUGGGAGCAAAUCAGGGCAACACUGUCCAAUUUUUAAAAAACUUGCUACUGCCUCCUGACCUGCUAUUUGGAUUAUGGAUAAUCUGGUUUGAGGGUCAUGCUAAAUAUAUUGCCAAUAAAGAUUUUUACUGUUUA